UGUCCAAAGUGUAACUAAUGUCUUAUACCUAUCUACAUAGUACAUACUAGUUACUACAUUGCAUACUUGACUGUCUGACAAGUGAUAACGUUAAAGUGGGGUGAUAUCAGAUAAGUUUUAAAUCAAACAAUUCGAAUCUGAACUAAUAUAUUAUAUAAGUGAUUGUGAUAAAAAAUAUUUAUUAUUUAUAAUUAUAUUAUUUUUGAUUAUUCUUAUUAGAGAGAUAUUUCAUCAUUCAAAAAUCAAAAUGUUCAAACCUGUUACCCACGUUCUUUUUGAUAUGGAUGGACUUAUUUUGAAUACUGAACAUCUAUAUACAGUUGCAUUUCAAAACAUUGUAUCUCGUUAUGGAAAAAAUUAUACAUUUGAAUUAAAAAUGAGGCUAAUGGGUUCGCAGUCCCACGAAUUAGCGAAAAUUAUCACAGAAGAACUCGAAUUACCCCUGACACCUGACGAAUUUUUAGUUGAAACUAGAAAACAAUUUCAAGAAUUAUUUCCACAGACAGAACUAAUGCCAGGUGCUGAACGACUGAUAAGACAUUUGGACAAUAAAUGCAUACCUAUUGGGCUAGCGACAAGUUCCAGCGAGGAUAGUUACCAUCUCAAAGUAGAUAAACACCAUCAGGAGUUAUUUUCUCUGUUCCCAUACAAAACUUUUGGUUCUUCGGAUCCUGAUGUUGCACGAGGAAAACCUUACCCUGAUAUAUUUUUGGUUGCCGCUUCCAAAUUUCCGGAAAAUCCAAAAGUAGAACAGUGCCUUGUAUUUGAGGAUUCGGUUAAUGGAGUGAGGGCAGGAUUAGCAGCGGGGAUGCAAGUUGUCAUGGUGCCGGACCCUAGAGUCGACAAAAUUCUCACCGAAGAAGCAACAUUGGUAUUAGGAAGUCUUGAAGAAUUUAAACCAGAAUUAUUUGGGUUACCCCCAUUCGAAGAUUAAUUAGGAAAUGUUUUAAAGCAUUUUUUUUAUGAUGCAAUAUUACAAAAGUAAUUUUUAUUUACAUAUGUCUCUUGCCUACUAAGUAGGAUUCAGACCAAAAUACUAGUUAAAUUAAAUCAAAGUAGUUAUUUACACAUUUAAAAACAUAUUUUUGUGAUAAAGGAGAUCUGUGAAAAUAAUAAAAUAUAUGUUUUAAUUUAUAAUUCAUCUGUAAUUUAAUAAAAAUGUUAAUAUUUUUUGCUGGCUUAUA